UGGUGCACGGUGCAGACAGCAAACUGUUCUCAAGCCGCUGGCCUGCCGGUCACCGAUACGACUGUCCCCGGUCCGGGGUCGCUUUUCGGAUGCCGAAGUUUGGAGAAAGGCUGUGCAGAGACGCGAGUUCCAGUUACUAUGGCAAUGACGGCAGGGGCAGCAACCACCUUUCCCAUGAGCAACCAUACCAGGGAGAGAGUGACAGUGGCCAAGCUCACUCUGGAGAAUUUUUACAGCAACCUGAUCUUGCAGCAUGAAGAGAGAGAAGCCAGGCAGAAGAAAUUAGAAGUGGCCAUGGAAGAAGAAGGAUUGGCAGAUGAGGAGAAAAAGUUACGCCGAUCACAGCAUGCUCGUAAAGAAACAGAGUUCUUACGCCUGAAGAGGACCAGACUUGGCCUGGAUGACUUUGAGUCUCUGAAGGUGAUCGGGAGAGGAGCUUUCGGAGAGGUGCGGCUGGUCCAGAAGAAAGACACAGGACACAUCUAUGCCAUGAAGAUCCUGAGGAAAGCCGACAUGCUCGAGAAAGAGCAGGUGGCUCACAUCCGAGCAGAGAGAGACAUUCUGGUGGAAGCAGACGGUGCCUGGGUGGUGAAGAUGUUCUACAGCUUUCAGGACAAGCGGAAUCUCUAUCUGAUCAUGGAAUUUCUUCCUGGAGGUGACAUGAUGACGUUGCUGAUGAAGAAGGACACCUUGACAGAAGAGGAGACGCAGUUCUACAUCUCAGAGACUGUCUUGGCCAUCGACGCAAUCCACCAGCUGGGCUUCAUCCACCGGGACAUCAAGCCAGACAACCUCCUACUGGAUGCCAAGGGACACGUAAAGUUGUCUGACUUUGGUCUGUGCACAGGGCUGAAGAAAGCGCACAGGACUGAAUUUUAUAGGAACCUCUCACACAACCCCCCAAGCGACUUCUCGUUUCAGAACAUGAACUCCAAGCGGAAAGCAGAGACGUGGAAGAAGAACAGGCGACAACUGGCGUAUUCCACAGUCGGAACGCCAGACUACAUUGCUCCGGAAGUCUUCAUGCAGACUGGCUACAACAAACUGUGUGACUGGUGGUCCUUGGGAGUGAUCAUGUAUGAAAUGCUGAUAGGCUUCCCACCUUUCUGCUCCGAGACGCCCCAGGAGACAUACAGAAAAGUUAUGAGCUGGAAGGAGACACUGGCGUUUCCUCCAGAAGUGCCCGUCUCUGAGAAAGCCAAGGACUUGAUUCUCAGAUUUUGUACUGAUUCUGAAAACAGAAUUGGGAAUGGUGGUGUAGAAGAGAUCAAAGGUCACCCCUUCUUUGAGGGUGUAGACUGGGGGCAUAUCAGGGAAAGGCCAGCAGCCAUCCCGAUAGAAAUCAAGAGUAUCGACGACACCUCCAACUUCGAUGACUUCCCUGAGUCUGACAUCUUACAGCCGGUGCCGAAUGCCGCGGAGCCCGACUACAAAUCCAAAGACUGGGUUUUUCUCAAUUACACCUAUAAAAGGUUCGAAGGGCUGACUCAGCGUGGCUCCAUCCCCACGUACAUGAAAGCUGGGAAAUUAUGAGUGAUGAGCACAGUCCCGCAGCCGAGAACUCAGGUAGCUGCCUCUGCGAGCUGGCGGCGUCAGCACCAGACACUCACCAGCCCGAGGAACUUCUACAGGGUCGGAUUCUGAGACUGCUACUGGAAUCGCUCGGCUUUUUUUAUUAUUAUUAUUAACUUUAUUAUACAAGGUACUGGAACAAGGAACGGACAUUCCCUCCUAACUGCACGGCCUACGUGCAUGUUGAGGUCCAUCCCGCCACGUGCUGAGCUCCCCACUACAACACUAAUCCAGCCAGAGCUGCGUAGCACUGACCGCACCGCGGCAGCCGGAGGUCACUCUCGGUGUCCCUGCUUCACUGCAAAGCGCAUGGGUCUUGAAUCAGUAAAAAGAAAAAGCCAUCUGUAGCUGCUGCUAGAACAUUCGCCCUGCUGGUUUGGACAUCACAGCUCUAGGUGAAGACGGUUUCCGUGCCGGUCCUAAGGAACUGAAGGAGAAGUACGCUGAGCUCAGCGUUAGGAUUUCCUGUCAGGCGCUCACACAGAUCCCAGGGCAGGGAAGGUGAGCUUCUGUCAGGGUGAGGACGUGUCUGCCUCCCUCCAGCAUCUGCCAAGGUUGACUGUGCUGAGAGGCGGUAGCCACUGUUUUACACACGCAGGGAGACAUUUGUGCAAAUGUCGGUUACUUUUCUUGUGACACGAGGACUUCUUUUUUAACAAGAGGACAGGCAUUAUUUUAACAGGGUGAUGGUGAGUUGAGUUUCAGAAAUGACCGUGAAAGCUGCUUGUAGAACCUAGAGUAUUUUUAUUAAAUAUUUUUUUAAAUGUCAGACUUCUGAUCCUGUCAGUGGACACGUGAAGAGCAGGAGUGUGCGUUCCUUCUUUGCUGGUGAUGUUCGUUCCCUUCGAUAGCAUUAGUGUCAUUGUUUGCCAAUGAACCGAAGAUCCGGAACAGUGGCUGUCAGUGCUGAGUGGAAUUCUGCUUUCCAGGGGUGCCACACUCCAUGGCGGACCCGUGGCAAAGGCCAGCCCUGUUCGUGGUUAGUUCAUCAGUGUGGUUAAAGCCCUCAGUGGGGUAAAGGAAGCAAGUCCAGGCGGGGGGGGGCAGGGGAGAGGGGGGUUGGAGACUGGGUAGCAUCAAAUCCCUUGGGUACUCCCCUAAUGACUCCAUCACCCUUUCUUGCUCAGCAUCUUGAUUCUGAACUGACUUUCUGAAGAGGUUUAGUUACCUAAGCUGUUGUUGAGAAUAACGUCUCAGCGAGUGAGUCAUGUUUAUCCUCUGUGAUGGAGGUGGAGCAGGGAUUCAUCGGGAGCCGUGUCUCUCCUGAGGACUGAGCACUGUGAUGGACGUGAUGGAGGUGGAAUGAGGAUUCCUAGGGAACCAUGUCUCUCCUGAGAGCAUUGCUUUUGUAGCACCGCUGCUGGCUGUGCCGUCUUUCAUCAAAGCCGACGGACGCGGUGGAGGGCUCAUCUCACUGAUGACGUUAACUAGCUGCCUUAAUUUAUGUGGGAUGUAUGGGUUUCUGCAAUUCACUUGCUUCAAAGGUAUUCAGCGGCAAAGGCCCCUGGCUGUGUAUGGGCUUUACUGGUGCAGGGGUGAGGAGGCUGGAUACAGAGAUCUUGCUAUGUUCUCCAGCUCAGAUGCAAUAACUGCCUAGCUACCGCAGGAAGACAGUGUUGUCCAGUGCAGGUAGCUCGGGAGGGUUGGGAGUGCUGUAAAGAAGAAUUACUCGGCUUGUUUCCACCACGUAGGGACAGCACUUCUCUGACCUCCCUGUUGUGAGAAGCAGGUCUCCUGGUGGUGGAGGCCGUCUGGGAGGUUCACACACGAUUCGGUCUUCAGGGAUUUCUCAUGAAAUUCUUUCUUAAGCUACCGUCUACAGGCAACUAAAGACCGUGCCUGCCACUUGGAAGCUAAAAAUACGAGUCAUGGUGCAAAUUAAGCAGAUAAUUUGUAAGGUGCCCUGAGACUGACUUUCCCCCUACAGAUCCCCGUAUCUCAGGUGAAUCAUGUAAUGUAGGAGACAGAAGCCUGUGGCAUUUUCUCUAGUCUCUAAUCGGGUCAAAGAAGGUUUACCAUGUACUCCAUGGUUUGGGUUUCUCUAAGAUAAAGAAAGUAUGUAUAAUCCGGACUUACUGGUUUCCUGUUUUAAUACGGUCUUUUGCUUUUUCAUUGAAACCUUUGUGUCAGAGCAGUUACUCACAGCUGAGUCUGCAGGCGUGAAACCCUAGGCUGUCCGGAGCAGCAGCGACCACUUAGCCAUAGGUGACCGAGCAGCUGUUAGUUCAGUGAAAAGGCAGCUGUGGGACAUUAACAGCAUUCGUUGGUCGCUAAGGCUUAAGAUAGGGCUCGUUUAUUCCCACAGCAGCACAGCUCUGUAAGACAUGCAUAGCUUUGUACACGCUGUCCACUGACUCUCGGUGUUCUGGUGCAGAACAGUCCAUGCUGUCAGGAGUAGUAGCUACCUGUCUUUAAGGCCUGCGAGUAACUUAAGGGUCAGGUGAGAGUCCCUGGCUACCUGGCACAUUCUCUCUUUGAAUUGUUAAAAUUCAAAAGCAGCCAUUUUGCUGUGAUCACGAUUACUUGUCAUUUUAUUUAAAAUUCCAGUGCAUUUAUUUCUGGAAAAUCUUAGGAAGCCUACACUUAGUAAAUAUUGGGACUACUAGAAAUAUUUUAGAUUUUUAUUACAAAAUGUGAGCAGGGGAUGCUGCUUUAAAAGGAAUAAAGAAAUAAAUGUG